AGUUUUUACAGCAACAUAAACCACCUCUUGCUCCUUCUCCUUCUCCUUUCUCUUUGCGCACAUUCCUAUUACGCAAACCCCUGCCCAGAAAAAGAAAAAACCCUUAUUACCUUACCGGUUACGGUCCACACAUUGAAAUUAGGGGUUUUCGGUGCUCCACUCGGAUUUGUCGUCCCCCGCAACACACCCGAUUCUCGGUGCGGGAUUAUAGAGCGUACCUGAGAACGUAAGAAGAAGCAGCGGCAGAAACCCUAGACUACUACCCACUACAACCACAAGUAUCACACUUCGCAAGCUAGUUGCUAAUUUGCUUCUAUCCACAUAUUGACACAAUUAGAUGGAGGACUGGGAGGAUGAGCAAAUUCCACCCCUUGCGAAGGAGCAACCUAAAAGUAAAUGGGACGAUGAAGAUGCGGAUGACAAUGAUGUGAAGGAAUCAUGGGAGGAUGAAGAUGAACUUACUCCGGAUCAGGCACCUGAAGCAAAACCUCCAGCUGAAAAGGCCCCCAAGAAACCCGCAGUGAAACCUGCCGAUAAGAAAGGGAAAACUGUUGAAUUAGUGAAGGAAGAGCCACUAGAUCCUGUAGCCGAAAAACUCCGCCAACAACGGCUAGUGGAAGAAGCUGAUUAUAACUCCACUAAAGAGCUGUUUGGUAAGAGAGAUGAUGAGAAGACCCUUGAUAAUUUUAUUCCCAAUUCAGAAAGUGACUUCUUGGAGUAUGCAGAGCUCAUUUCACAUAAGCUCCGACCCUAUGAGAAAAGUUAUCAUUAUAUUGGUUUACUCAAGACUGUAAUAAGACUAUCAAUGACUACCAUGAAAGCAGCAGAUGCAAAAGAGGUUGCAUCUUCAGUUUCGGCAAUUGCAAAUGAAAAGCUAAAAGCAGAGAAGGAAGCCAAUGCUGGUAGAAAGAAGACAGGCGCGAAGAAAAAGCAGAUCAUUGUUGACAAGCCAGAUGAUGAUUUGGCUGUUGAUGGCUAUGAUGUGCUUGAUGACUAUGAUUUCAUGUGAGUGAGUGUUUCAGUUCAUUCCGCCCAAAGAAAUGGGAUUCAGCAUUUGUUUGGAUCGUAAGUAGGGAUAAGAUCCUCCGGCAUCCCCCUUCCCCUCCCCAGAGAUUGAUAUGAGUGCUAUUGUUGUAUGUUGUCCAAUAAGAGACUGCAUCCAGAGUGCCUUUUUUUUUUUUUUUUUUUUUUUUUUUUUUUUUUUUUUAAUCUUAUAAUGUUAUGGUAAAUUUUGUCAGUUUUGGAUACUAGAUCCACAUUUGUCUGCACAUACUACAUGCCGUGCUUUGCACAAGUCAUUCAAGGAUCUGGUGAUUGGUAAUUUGGUGACCGUGUAAAAGUAAAAUUACUAUUUUUUUUAGAUUUUUUUUUGGUUGAAAUCCUAGAUUUUGUUAUCGAA